CUGAAUACGCCUCAUCGCACGCUUUCGAGCGCGAUCUAUCAGCGCAGGCCAUUCCGAACGUUUCGCUGCCCUGACAGUUCGUCCACAUUGAGGACCGAAGAAAUCGCCGCUAUGCCGGGACAGAGGCCCUACCGCCAAAUCAUCGACGGCGUGCCCAGGUGUCCUCUACUCAAUCCAGAAAUCUUUCGCAAAAGCCUCCUUUUUCGUGCCGCGAAUGGCGAUGUCGUUCAGAGCUCGUUCCCGAAAAGCGGCACGCAUUGGAUACAGUACAUCACGCAGCUUAUUAUCAAAAAGGGGGAAGCGAUCCCUACGCACGCAGACUUUGCCAGCAACCUCCGCUCCAUCGAAUACAUGGGUUGCGAUGACUGGAAGUCAGCUCUUCCCGUGAGACUUCUGGUUACCCAUAACCCUCUAGAGCGUGAGACCAUGAACGACAAGGCAAAGUACAUCUACAUCGCUCGCAACCCUUGGGACGUCUGCGUCUCGCUUUUUCGCAUGGUGACAGACCUGAGUGUUUACCGCUUUCAGGAUGGCACUUUCGAAGAGUUAUUUGAGCCGUUUGUAGAAGGUGACGUGGGUUACGGAAGCUACUUUGACCACGUAGCAAAGGCCUAUGCUCUGAAGGACGAACCCAACGUAUUCUUUGUCACGUAUGAGGAACUCAAGAAGGACACCCGAAGUACGGUGCUGAGGCUUGCUCACUUCCUGGGAGAGGCUUACGGCAUGCACCUUGAGAACGACUCACACACGCUCCGAAAAAUUCUAGAAUGGUCCACGCCUGAGCACAUGAGACGCGUCAUGAUUAUGAGCCUGCAGGCUAAUGAUAAUCAACAAUUAAACGAGCUGUUCUCCAGAGACAACAUAAAGAGCAAGCAGGGUUACGAGGGAGACUGCUACAAGUACACAGUGGUGAGAGAAGCGAAGGUUGGAAGCUGGAGGGAUUAUUUCACACCGGAGAUGCUGAGCCGAUUCGAGGAAAAGAUAAGAGAUCAAGGUGAUAAGGCUUCCUUCAUUACACUAUGGAGCGACAUACGUCAAGAAGCAAUCAACUUGUCUAAACGUUAAGCAUCGUAUCAACACUUGAUUAAAAGUCACUUCACUUACUGGCAUAUGUUGCGGACAAUAGUACCUAUGAUAUUCCUCAAGAAUAAAUUAGUUUUUCUAUUUCU